GGCUUUGAGGAUGCGGCCGUCGCUCGGGAGCUUCUCUCCCGCAGGAGCUGUGGAGGCACGACGGUCUCCUCUGCGUCGCCGUCCAAAUCGACGACGGGGUGGCUCGCGCCACCAAGCGGGGACGCCCGCCUGACGACCUCCGGCGGCCUCGAGCGCGGGUCACGGCGGCGGCCUCGGGCGCGGGUCAUUGCGGCGGCCUCGAGCGCAGGGACACGGCGGUGGCCUCGAGCGCGGGGAGAAGCACAGGCACGGCGGCGGCUCGAGCAAGUCCAUUCUCCAGCGAAUUUCGUCCCCGCCGUGGUUCCCGUCGCGCCGACGGUGAGGGAUAUGGCUUCAUCCGGCGACCCCGCGCCCAUCAUCACCACCUCGCCGCGAGGGUCUCUUCGGUUCAGGAUUCAUUCCCGCGCGCAGCUGCCCAUCGCGCAUGAAGCCUCCUCCUCCCGACGCCAUCCUCUUCUUUUGGGUGUCACCGCUGCAGCGCUGUCGGCAUGGCCGGCGCCGGCAUGGAGAUGGUCGGCUAUCUUCCUGGCCGCAACCUCCUCGCCCGCUUGUCACUUCCCAAACCCAGGGACGAAGGAAAGAUCUUCAGGAUGACCUAACCAUACAUGGCGGCCACCCCCGAGAGAUAAAGCAUGCUUCGCUAAGUUUUUGGAUGAAGACAUUUGGCAAUUAAGGAUCCAUUUUGAUGCAAGAGAACCAUUGGAGAUGAAGCUGUGUGGUUCAGAUAUUACUUAUCUAAAUUUGGUUGCAGUGAUGGAAACCCAAGGAUUUAAUGCAUAUGAUUGUUUGUUUCACAUUGAAAAUCCAUCUUUAGGAGAGAAAGGGCUGGAUUUGGUAGACAGUCAUGCAGAAUUACAGAUGAUAAAGAGGAAGAUCCAGGACAAAUUGGUGCUUAAUUUGCUAGUCAGGGCUUGUCCACCCCCUGAUACUGAUUUUGAGAGGCAGCAUUUUGAAAAGCCAGGCUUGUCCACCGUGGUGUACCAAGAGCCUGUUGUUUAUGAUCUGAGUGAGCCUCCUAUCUUAGCUGUUGAUCAGGAAGGAGUAGUCUUUGAGAGUCAAUGUAGCACACAUCACCCUGUUGCUCCUGCUGGUGUUUGCACACAAGAAAGCAGAAAUGCAACUAACAAGUUGAAAGCAGUUUUGGAAGAAGAAGAAGAGGGAUACCAAGGAUUUGAGGCUUAUGAGGACAGUGAUUCCUCUGAUGAGGAUGGUCAAAUUGGAAGUGACCCUAAUUACAUGGUUGAUGAAGAAGAUGUAGAGGCGGAAGAGGGAAAGAGGCAGAGAGAGCUAGAAGUACAAGAGGAAGAAUCAGAUGAUGAUCAAUCAGAAGAGGAAGAAAUGCUGCAUUAUGAGGGUGACACUGAAGUUGAGGACCCAUUUGAGGUAGAGGAAGAUAGGACUUUUGAACAAGAAGAAGAAACUAUAGUUGAACCUGUAAAGAAGAAGCAGAAGCUGCCAGUUAGAAGAGGCCCAACCACUAGGUCACAUUGUAGUGAGCUACCAGAGGUUGAACCUGAUUUCAGACCAUCAUCAGAUGAAGAAGAGGAGGGGUUGUUGAGGGAGAGUGAUGAUGAUGGUUUUCAGCCACUCUCUUUUGUCCUACAAAAGAAAAGGAAGAGUAGGGCAAAGAAAAGGCCUCCUAGGAAGUGGUACAAUGAGAAAAUGGAGCAACCACAUGAGCAACUAUGUAUGAAGUUGUGUUUUAGGGAUCAGCAUCAAUUCAGAGAAGCUUUGUUGAAUUUGCACGUCACCCAGGCCAGGAAUUUCAGGUAUCACAGGAAUUCAGAUCAGAGGAUAAUUGUUGAGUGUACAGAUAAAAAAUGCCAGUUCUCAAUGGUGGCAGCAGUUAUAAAAGGGGAGAAAACAUUUGUAAUUAAGAAGAUGAGACUAGAGCACACUUGCCCUAGUACCACUGAGACCACCAGGGUUAGUGCUAAGUGGCUAGCACAGAAAUAUGAUCAUCUCUUUAGAUCUGAUAUAACUACUGGUAUUCAGACUAUAAUUGAUGCAUGCAAUGAAAAAUAUGGUGUAGAUGUGCCCAAGUGCAUGGCAUAUAGGGCAAAGAACAUAGCUAUUGAUGCUGUGUUAGGAGAUCACAGGAAGCAAUAUCCUAGGCUUAAAGACUAUGCUCAGACUGUCAUGGACACAAACCCUGGGAGUAGAGUAAUAGUCACUACUGUUACUCCAGUACCUAAUGCAAAAAUACCCCACCCAGGCCCAAGAUUCCAUGCCAUGUUUUUUUGCCUUAAUGGAGCAAGGGAGGGGUUUCUCAAUGGGUGUAGGCCUUUCAUUGGUUAGUUCUUGAACCUUGUGUGAACCAUUUACAUAUCUGCAGCUUAUCUGCAGCAUCACCCUUUGUGUUGUUGUGCACAUUACCCUCCAGCGGCAGCCCAGCCAACCUCUUCCUCGUGAGAUCAUCCAUAUUAGCAUCUUUGCCUUUGCCGUCCACUACCAUGUCAUCCUCUCUCCUUCCCGUCUCCUGAUGAGCUGGGAAGUUGUUCAUGUCGGCCUCGCGUCGAUUG